AUGAGAUCUAUGCUAUUUGUAAAAAUAGCAAUGAUACAUGGUAUUGCAAUGACUAGUCCGAUCUUAGAAAUAUUUCGUGGUAGUGAGCCUGAAGAGACUAUAAGACAUGAUAUUAUGAAAACCCAUCGUGAUAUACAGAAUUACCUUGAAAGACAAGGUUCAGAUGGCAGUAGAAAUGAUAUUAUGGAAGCUAUUAAGAAAAUUAAUGACGAAAUCGAGAAAUUAGAAAGUCAAAUAAAUCAAAAAAUAAUAGCCAAUAAGAAUGAAAAAAGUGAAUCACAGAAGAAUAUAAAAGAUUUUAUCGCUGAAUUGGUCCAAGCCAUUAAUAAAUUGGAACAAUAUCUAAAAGAUUUCAAUGGAUCAGAUACGGCAGAACAGAAUGCUUUGAAUCAAGAACUGAAGAAAAGCAAGGAUAGGUUUGUUGCUGUUAGGAAUUUACAAGAAGAUGAAGAAGAUGAUCAAGGUUAUGAAUCUGAAAAUGAAAUUACAGAAGCCGAUCAUGAUGAUAAGACUGUUGAAACCCCAAAUGCUAGAAGCUCUGCAGAAGAGGAUCAUGAUGCUAAUGAUGUAGUAGACAGCAGAAAUACAGUUACAGGUCCUAAUAAUGUAAUGAUCAAACAAAAAUUGAGUGAUCUUAUUAAUGCUGUGAUGCGGAAAAGUAAACCUAGCUUAGAUGAUAAAGGCCAGAAUAGUAUUCAAACUUUAGAAAGUACAAAUCCUGCAGAAGAUGAAGAAGAUGAUCAAGGUUAUGAUGAACAAGAAUAUAAAAUUACAAAAGCCAAACAUAAUAAGGCUGUUGAAACCCCAAAUGCUAGAAGCUCUGCAGAAGAUGAUCAAGGUCAUGAAUCUGAAAAUGAAAUUACAGAAGCCAAACAUAAUAAGACUGUUGAAACCCCAAAUGCUAGAAGCUCUGCAGAAGAUGAUCAAGAUGAAGAAGAUGAUCAAGGUUAUGGAUCUGAAAAUGAAAUUACAAGAGCCAAACAUAAUAAGGGUGUUGAAAACCCAAAUGCUAGAAGCUCUGCAGAAGAUGAUCAAGGACAUGAAUCUGAAAAUGAAAUUACAGAAGCCAAACAUAAUAAGACUGUUGAAACCCCAAAUGCUAGAAGCUCUGCAGAAGAUGAUCAAGAUGAAGAAGAUGAUCAAAAAGCCUCUCAUCGUACUUCUGAUAAUAUAACCAGGAAACCUAAUUAUGUAAUGAGAUUCAAAAAUGGAUCUCCAAAUAACCAUGAAAGUAGAAAAAGAAGAAAAAAGGAGAAUGAAUAUCCAUUACCUAAUACAAUGUCCCGUAAAAACAAAAGGCUAAGACGGAAUCAAAGAUAG